UUAUGACGUCAUUGGUGCGGCUACUUAAACACGAGAGUGCAGUCAGAUAUUUCGAAGUACUGGCUGCUUUUGGAACUUGAGUAGAAGGAACGGACUUAGUUUCUUCUGAAUUUCUUCCAAAGUUUGUAGACGACUGAUUUAGCGAUGGAGAGCGUGCGGCUUCUUCUGUUCACUGGAGUGCUUCUUGUUUUACAGCCUCUAGUUAGCUCGCACGGCUGUCACGAUGGAGAGGACUGUUGUGGCAACCAGCCUUUGACCAGUCCAUCCUACACAUGUUGCGGCUCCAGCCCGUGUAACACGCAGCAGCAAAUGUGCUGCAGCGGCAAUGUUUACAACUACGGCCAGAACCGUGCCUGCUGCGGCAACCAGAUGUACGACACCAGCACACACAUAUGUGUUGGCGGGAAGGUGUAUCCCAUAGGGACCACCCCACAGCCGUCGUGCGGAAACGUUAAGUACGAUCCAAACGAGAAGAUUUGCUGCGAAAACUACCUCUACAACAAGUCGCCAUAUGCUGCAUGCUGCGGGCCAACAGUGUACAAUACCGAUCUCCAGUACUGUUCAGAUGGUCAGAUCGGCACCCAUGGAGGCAACUACGUGAGAUGCAAUGGUGUCGUGUACGACCCAGCUUUUUAUAUGUGCUGUUCCAGCGGAACCAGGCCCCGGCGGCAGUACAUUGAAUGCUGCGGUGACGUGGAGUACGACGUGCGCCAGGACAUGUGCAGUAAUGGCGUCGUUGUCCCGAUACCACAGUACUGUGGAAGCCAGCAGUACAACCCGGACACGCACCUGUGCUGUGGGAACGAAGCCAGGCCCAUCACUGCUACACUUAGAUGCUGUGCCGACGUGUUCUACGAUUCUCGCACACAUACCUGUCAAAAUGGAGUCGUCGUCGCCAUUAUAGGGUACCUUCCAAGCUGCAACGGUGUGUCGUAUAACCCAAGGUACCAAAUCUGCUGUGGCAACACCCUUCACGCUCAGUCGGGCUAUCCAUACCUCACCAAAGCCUGUUGCGGACAAUCUGUUUAUGAUAUACUAACACAAAUAUGCGUCGUUGACAUGAUCUACGUUAUUGGCCAGGGCCCGGUACCUAGUUACUGCAAUGGACAGGCGUACUCCCCUGCAAACCAGAUGUGCUGCGGCGGACAGUUGUUCUCCCUGGAGCCGUAUCUCAGUUGCUGUGGACAGACUGUUUAUAACGUGAUGCUCAAAUACUGUGCCAAUGGCUUCCCAAUCCUCCUGGGCGGAACUCCUCCCAUUUGUGGUGGUGUCCAGUACGACCCAGGCACCCAGCUGUGCUGUGGAAACACCUUGCAACCAAGAGCCUCCAAUCUUGGAUGUUGCGGAGGCGCCAUAUUUUACAACACAGAUACCCAUACGUGCGUCAACGGCCAGAUUAUCCCCAUCCAACCUCAGCACCUGUGCAACGACGCGGCCUAUGAUCCUACGACUCAUCUCUGUUGCAGUAACAAAAACUUGUACUCGAAGGCUUCAGGAAUUGAUGCCUGUUGCGGCGACUUCGGGUACGAUCUUUCAACGCACGUUUGUGUCAACGGUCAAAUCAGGCCAAUUUCCAUCAACUUCUAUCGCUGUAAUGGUGUGGUGUAUAAUCCUCUUACACAAGACUGCUGUGGGACCGAGAUCAUUCCCAAAGGAUCGACAAGCAGAGGAUGUUGUAACAAUCAGCCAUUUAGUCUGAUAUACCAAUCCUGUUGUGGCAGCACAGUCAUCACCAACGGCCAGGGUACGGCAUGUUGUAACGGCCAGGUCUACAAUUCAAUGACCAAUAAGUGUUGCGGUGGUUCCUUGAUUCCGUCAUGGCUAGAUUGUUGUAACGGUCAGUCCUACAACCCCCAGACUCAAGAAUGCUGCGGCACAUCCAUUGUCACAAAAGGAACUUGCUGUAAUAAUCAAAUCAUAAACCCCAACUUCCAAGGAUGCUGUGCAAACAACCCUUUUAUUCUGAGUACCCAAGAGUGUUGUGGCAGUACUGUAAUCAAUAAAGGUUCUCAAGCCUGCUGCAACGGCCAGGCAUAUAACCCGUCUGUAUACGUUUGCUGUGGAGGGACCCUUUACCUUAAAUCGUACAACGUAGUUUGUUGUGGUAACAGCCCAAUCAACCAGGCCACAUCGGGUUGCUGCAAUGAUAGGUCAUUCAACCUGGGAAGCGAAGAAUGUUGUCAUGGCAGCGUUGUACCAAAAGGUUCCUGUAAUUUCUGCGGCAAUUUACAGUACAAUCCAUCUAUAGCCAUUUGCUGUGGGAACACACUCUACGGAAGGUUGGCCGGCAGUCAAUGUUGUGGAAGCACUCACAUCAACACUGCCUAUCAGGGGUGCUGUGCUGGUAAUCCUUAUUCUCUGUCAACCCAGGAGUGUUGUCAGAACACAGUUGUAAACAGAGGAUCAUGUUGUAACAACCAACCAUACAGCCCAGCCAGUCAGAUAUGUUGUGGUGGAGCUCUCUAUUGGAAACAACAAUAUGACCAAUGUUGUGUUAAUUCCCCUUACAAUUCUAAUACGUACGAAUGUUGCCUGGGUAAUAUUGUACUAAAAGGCAGUUGUAAUUUAUGUAACAACCAACCAUACAACCCAGCCACUCAAAUAUGUUGUGGCAGCACUGUCUAUUGGAAAGUACAAUAUGAUCAAUGUUGUGUUAAUUCCCCUUACAAUUCUAAUACGCACGAAUGUUGCCUGGGCAAUAUUGUUCAAAAAGGCACUUGUACUUUAUGCAACAACCAACCAUACAACCCAGCCAGUCAAAUAUGUUGUGGUGGAAAUAUCUAUUGGAAACAACAAUAUGAUCAAUGUUGUGCAGGCAACCCAUACAACUCUGCAACCCAAGAGUGCUGUGGAUCAACGGUGGUAAACAAAGGGAGCUGCUGCAAUAACCAACCUUUCGACCCAGCAACAACCACCUGUUGUGGAGGGUAUAGGAUUCCAAAGAACUCGGCCGUGGCUGGAUGCUGCGCCAACACCGUGUACAACAAAGAUACCCACAUCUGCUGUGCUGACGCCAUCUAUCCUAAAGACACUUAUAUCUGCUGCAGCGGAACUCCCUGUAAUAAGCAAACUCAGCAGUGCCUGGAUAACCAAGUGGUCCCCUGUGAUGGUACUUGUGACCCUAACGCCGUCGUUGAUCCACCACCCCAACAGUCUAUCCCUGGGAUCGAUACCUUACCAGACGGGGUGCUCGUUUUACCGUAACCAAUAACCACUUUGACUGUUUUCAACUUGACAAAACAAGUUCUAAAAAAACUUAGCUCAUAGCUGGGCAGCUAAAUGAAUCUUAUUUGUAGUUAUUUAAUGUUCUCAUGAAAAUACAUUGAUUUGUAAUAUUAUGCAAACAAAAUGACUGUACCCAAGUUAAAUCGUAUGUGAUCGGUAUGUUCACCAAAAUAUCUGAAGAGUUGGAGGCAGUUUUUGGUGUUAAUAUUUUAGUUCUUGAAGACACCGGGUAUUGCUAAUACCUUAUGGCUAAUAUUAAGCUAUAAUUGUGCACUUUAAAUAUAAAUCAUCACGGUUAAAUACGUUUGGUGGUUCGUAAACAGAAAUAAUAAUUGAGCGUUUUUUAAUUAUAGUCAAACUACUCCAUAUUUUUGUAUAACAUCACUUUGUAUUUACAUGUAAAGAAUUUGAAUUGCGAAUUAUUAUUUGAAAUCAGUGGCGAAUGUACAGUAAUUGCUUGUUGUUAAACAUCCUAUACACUUAAUAACCGAUAGUUCGUUAGGUCCGUAAAGUACAUUGGUUUUGGGGACGUAUCUACAGAUACAUACUGCUUGGGUUCUAUUUUUUAAAAAUAAUAUAUGUAGUAGUAUUAAGUUUUAAUCGUUGGUGGUUUUGUAAUACGAUUUUUUGGGCUAAGUUUAAAUUAAUUCUUCAUAUGACGUCAUGUCUUCUUCAUGACACGUCUAUCUGGUGUCACAAUCCGUCUUGGGUAUAGUCUGUGGUCGUCCUUGGAUAUGCUUAAUUCACUCUUCCAGAUUUUUUUUGUCAUCAAACUAUCGUGAAUUAGUAAUACACAAAUGAAUUUAUUGUGAUUGUUCACGUAGCCAUAACAUGUAGACCAAUACAACGUUGUGUUUUUUUACGAUAAAUAUACACAUUUGCCACUGUUUAGUGUAAAAGAUUAAAAAAAGUGUAGAUGUGGACUGUUGAUAUAGUAAUAAAGAAAUUAUAAAAUGUAUAAA